AAUAAGUGCCCAGACAAAGACGGCUCUUUGCACAGUCGGCGGAGUCUGUCCGCGGAGAUGCGUUUCGAGCAAGGCCUUGCUGCUGUGAUUCCUGCUGUUAAAAAUCGUAUAUAUCCGUGACGAGGGACACCGGUUGGAUGCAACAUGAAGCGAGGGUCGAGACACCGGGCGUCUGGGAUGCUAUCUAAAGAUUUAAGUGAAGAGAUCCGAGAUUCCACGGCCCUGAUCCGUUACCAUAAAUCCCGAUCCGCCGAUCCUCCUGGGAAUUCUUGGCCAUGGCCGUCGUGGUUCCGUUCUGGCAGUUGAACUUCGACAUCGACAAAUAUGUCAAUCGCCUCAUUCCCGAUCCCCCUUGGCACGCUGUUCCCUACCCAAUCGCCUAUAUCCUCGGCUAUAGAAAAUCCCUCCCAGAGACACCCCUCGGAAAUUUACUGCUUGCCGCGCGGGCACUAUUAGGUGUCUUCAUCAGUAUCCUGCUAAUCCAGGUAAUAAGUCACCAAAUCCCGUGGGUGGCUGCAGAUGGCCCGCGCAUUAUAGGAAGCUUCGGUGCCGCUGCUGUGCUCGAGUUCUACGCCUUCGAGUCGCCAUUCGCACAGCCACGUAACUUUAUCGCCAGUCAGGUCAUCGCUACCGUCGUUGGAGUAUCACUUUGUAAGCUCUUCCAGCUGCAUUCCAACGAGGAAUGGAUUCGCUGGCUAGGCGGCUCCCUUGCCUGUGCCGCGACCACGUCUUUGAUGGGUCUCACCAAGACCAUACACCCGCCUGCUGGAGCUACCGCGCUAUUGGCCGUUGUAGAUGAUAGAGCUGUGCAGAUCGGCUGGAAGCUUAUACCACUCGCACUCCUUAGCUGCAGUAUCAUGCUCAUAGUGGCUCUAGUUCUGAACAACAUAUUCAGCAGGUUUCCUCUAUAUUGGUGGACAGCAGCUAAUUUGAGAUCGAUCCCGCAAGAGCAGCUUAGUGGGUUGUCUGUCGACGAUGAAGAAAAAGGGAAGUCUCAGCGCUUUGAGAUUAUAAUUGGUGAUAAGAUUAUUGUCCCCGAGCAUAUACAGCUUUCGGCAGAGGAAAGACUCUUGCUGGAGAAAUUAUCGAGUAGAUUAUAGACGAUAGACUUACUAUUGUCUGGGGGCAUAUACUAUGCUGUUAGCGAAUACAACGAAUAAGGAA